AUGCUAAAUUCCAGUUUUAUUCAUAAACAAUUAAUAACAACAAAAUUUCUUUCUCGAUGUUACACGUGCAGGAAUGAACUUCGGUGUAAGGUACUUGUGGUGGGUGCUGGGGCUGGCGGGUGCAGCGUGGUAUGGCGUUUACACAAAAAGCUGUCGGACAAAGACAUUAUUGUUAUUGAACCAUCUGCGGUCCACUACUACCAACCUUUAUUCACACUGAUUGGGGCUGGUAUAAAGAAGUUUCCGCAAAGCCACAAACCACUCCAGAGCAUUCUGCCAUCCAAGGUCAUGUGGUUAAAAGACCAGGUAGAUGAGUUUGACCCUUGCAAUAAUGCAGUAUUCACCCAUUGCGGGCUUAGAGUGAGAUACGAUUCGCUAGUCAUUGGUGUUGGGUUAAAGAACGACUAUGAUAAGAUCCCAGGACUUUCCCGCUACCUUAAAGACCCAUUAGUUCAAGUCUCUACGAUCUACUCGCCCCAAUUCUGUACAAAAUGUUGGUGCAAUGUUCAUCGUUUUGGUGGUGGCCAUGCUAUUUUCACCUUCCCUAAAGAAGUGGGGAAGUGCUCUGGAGCAGCGCAGAAGAUCAUGUACCUGGCACAUGAUUAUUGGAAAAAAGUAAUUUAUUUCUGUUUAGAUUAA